AUGGCAAAAGAUCUCGAAUUACAUCUACACUAUGAAAUCCAUUCCUCGGGGGAGUCAUGUGGUUCCGACCCGACUGAGUGCCUGACAAAGACUCGAAUCUGGCAGACACUUCUGGUUUGCGAGACCAUGGUAGGAGGUCCGCAAGGACGAACCGAUUUCGGUGUAGAUCCGAAUUCUAUUGAUAUUAGCGAAAGCCCGCCGGGCUCUGAAAUGGACGACUACGAACGGACAAUUUCGAGACAGUUUGCAUACUUCGUUCGCAACGUCCGCAACAUUCGUCUCAUCACGGACGUCCACCGCAGACUGCAACGGAAGAAGGAUUGGGCUCUGGACAAAGAAUUCGUGGCAUACAACGCUUCCUUUCAGAAAUGGCCGGAUGAGCUUCCACCAGACUUACAACUGCCACUUCCACCGACAGGCGAGACGCCUAAUGUGACUUCCCAUUUUCUGGGAAACAUGCACUCUCAUUAUCAUCUGGCCAUCGUGAUGCUCCAUCGGCCACAGCUGUCAGCGUCUCAGUCGUUUGCUGCUGAUAGUCAGUGGCGACACCAUAUGAGUGUCUGCUACAAUUCGGCCAAGAUCCUUUGUCGACUACAGGAAGGAAUUCUAGCUAACUUCGAUUUGACGGGGUUGUUGGUGAUGCAAAGGGGGAUCAAUUUCACCAUCUAUGCCAUCCUAACCUGUAUCAUGAUUCACCUGGUUGCGCUUUCCUCGCCGGAUCCAGAGUUCAACUUUGAAGCAAAGGACUACUUUGUACGACAAAUGAGGAUCCUUGAGCGGUGUAUCUCUGCCUGGCCAAUGCCAGAAACAGAGGCUCAGAUCAAUGCUCUUCGAGCCGCAUUUUCAGCCGACGUCAACAAGCCCUUUGAACUCAAGGAGUCGUUUCCUCAUGGAACACCGUCUGAGAAUUCUCGCCCGUCUCCUAUCUCUCCACCGUCGUACGAUCGACAUCAGCUACCGCUGCAGUCACAGGGUCAGAAACUCGUCGACCUUCAACAGUCGCAGCAGCAGCAAGCACAGCCUGGUCCGUACGGGGCACAACAUCUAAGUCAAAUGACACGACAGACCCCAUACCUCUCCACGCCGCCUAUUUCGGUUUAUGCCGCUGAUUCCAAACCUCCGACACCCUUGUAUGGCCAGAACUACGAGCUGGAACAAACACCCUUUUCAAGCAUCCCGAGUUCCGCGGGUGGUUACUACCAGCAGCCGACGUCGGCGACCGAAAUUCAGUGGAAUCCGACCCCGAUCAUUGACCAAUUUGACACGGCGUUCGCUAUUCCCGCGUCGGCGCUUGCUCCUCCACCGUCCCUGUACGGCGGCAGCGGUGCAUCCCCUCCAGGGAAUAUGCAAUCCAUGCAAGCGAGCUUUACCUCGACCAGCUCCCCCACCUACGGAGCGGCUUCGUUGCCGAGCUAUACCCCUCAGCAGCAACAGCCCCAACAACACUACUUUGCCGCACAGCAGUCGCAGUCAUAUCAGAAUGCGUCACCGCAAAUGGUGUCAGACUCCCAGCUGCCCAUGUCCGCCGGAACCGCGUACGCUACAACCGGAGUGGGGGGCGCGGCUAUGCUCGUGACCCCUCAACAGUGGCAGCAGAGUGUUGCUAAUGUGAUUGAUGCAGGCAGGUUGAAGAGGAGGUGGGAUUACACUCAUUAA